UUUCUCCUUCACUCCCCUCUCCUUUGAAUACACUCUACUCUCAGCAAACACCAUGACCCGUGGAAACCAGCGCGAACUUGCCCGUGCCAAGAACCUGAAGAAGCAGGCCAAGGCCGGUGGCAACAAGAAGGACGACGGUAUAUCGUUCAAGUCGAAGCAGGAGCACGAUGCGGAGAUUAUGCGCCAGAAGCAGGCCGUAAGUAAAGACGAACGAGACAAAUCGCAUGAGGGGUUUAUUUGAGCGCGGAAUGGUUCUCUAGCUAAACAUGGUCUGCUUUCUCUGUAGAAGGCUCAGGCGAAGAAGGAGGGCAAAGCAUAGCUUUUGCCAGGCGAAGUAGGCACCAACUAUCCUGACCUCGCGAGCCCUGUUAGUCUGUGUUGGCUUGGCUCUUGCCGUGUCGAUAUGCCU